AUGGAAAAAGAAGAAAAUGAGAAGUGUGUUGUGGGUGGAGACCUCAACGGACACAUCGGUAGAGGAAACGAUGUCAUUAGCCGAGUAAAUGGAGGGAACAGUUUUGGUGAAGUAAAUGAAGGAGAUGGAGUUAUCGACUUCGCAGUGUCAAAUGAUAUGACUAUUAGUGAUACCAUCUUAAGAAAGAGACAAGAGCAUUUGAUUACAUCCAAGAGUGGGCACGGGGCAAGUCAAAUUGACUUCCUGUUGUAUCGAAGAUGUGAUCGGGUAGAAAUAAAAGAUUUUAAGGUAAUACCUGGAGACCAUGUGGCAGCACAGCAUCGUUUAGUAGAAAUGAAUCUGUCUAUCAGAGUUUCACAAACAAUUGCCAAAUGUGAAGCAUAUGGCCAGUUUGACGGGGAGCUAGAAACAAGAGAAGGCCUAGGGAAGAUUUUUCGCAUAGCAAAGAAACGAAAUAAUAGCACUAAAUACAUUAUACACAUUAGACAGGUGAAAGAUGAUUAUGAAAACACAUUAAGGAAGGAAGCUAAUAUUAUCAAGGGAUGGAAACUAUAUUUUGAACAUCUAUUGAAUGAAGAAAAUGAGCGACGUGUGAGAGGAUGUGGAGAUCCUAAUUAUGGCGUAGUGAGAGAAGUCUCUAAACAUAAGGUGGAGUUAGCUCUAAGAAAGAUGAAGUGUGGGAAAGCGGCUGGACCUGAUAACAUCAGCGUGGAAAGCACUUGGUGCCACGAGGGUCUCCAGACAGGCCCAUCUCUAACUCCUCAUGAAAGGUCUCAAGGAGCUGGCCAAGCCAUUACCUCCUAG